GUCCAUGGUUAGCACGGGACUGCACUUUCUGCAGUAUGUUUUGUGUUUGUGUUCUUCAGUGUCUGUGUUUUAUGGUUCUGAGUUCGCGUUCGUUUCGUGUUUCGUGUGUUUUGUGGUGAUCUCGUCCAACGUCCACGCGCCAUUUUCGACGCCGCCUCAUAGAUCCGGCGUGGCUUUUAUUUUCUAAAGCUUGACGUUAGUCACAUUUUCCUGUAAUUUAAAAGUAUUUUCGGGUUUUCCUGUUUCCCAGGUUAAAAUAUGAGUCGCCGUAGCGAAAACACCACGAAGGUGUUUGUGGGCAGCCUGCCGCCUGGGGUAACUGCCGAAGACCUGCGCAAGCUGUUCGAGCCUUAUGGCGCUAUAGCCGAGUGCGAUAUUGCGAACAAGUGUGGCUUCCUUCAUCUGGAAGAUGCCGAGUUGGCAAUGAAGGCCAUUGAAGAACUAAAUGGCACUGAGUUCAUGGGUGGAAAGAUUUCUGUGGAGAAGGGCAGAGUCAAGUCUAGAGGGGGGGGCAGAGGAGGUGGAUCUAUGAGAGGAGGAAUGAGAGAUCGAGGAGGACCAUAUUCAAGAGGAGGUGGCGACUUUAGAGGUCCUCCACGUGGAGGCGGCGGCCGAUUCCGUGGAGGCGGUGGUUUUGACCGCGGUGGCGGCCGUUUCGGUGGCAGUGGAUAUGGUGAUGAUAGACGAGGAGGCGGUUUCGAUAGGCGCAGUGGAUUCGAUGACCGAAGAGGAGGAGGUGCUGGAGGGGGCUACGGUGAUAGAUACGGAGGCGGCGGUGGAUAUGAUCGUCGCGGUGGAGGCGGCUAUGAUGACAUGGGCGGUGGAGGCUUUGAUGACCGAAGAGGCGGCGGCUACGGAGGCGGUGCCAGAGGCGAUUUGUACAGCAGGAGAGAUGGAGGCGGACCUAAGGCUGCCGGCGGUUAUAACGAUCGCGGCUACGGAGGUGGCGGUGCGAACGGCUAUGGUGCCGACGGUGGGUAUGGCGCUGCCGCUGGAGGCGGUUACGGAGCUUCAGCUGGUGGCUACGGGGGGGCAGCCGGAGCGGGCUACUCGACGGGCGGCGGCUACGGAGCGCCGGCUGCCGGUGGCUACGGCGCACCACAGGAUGCCGGCGGCUACGGCAACGGCGCAGCCGAUUAUGGAGGAGGCUACGCGGGUGCGGCCGGAGGCCCAACUGCACCUGCUGCGAGAAGCGGAUACGAUUCGGCGUAUCCACCGUUAGCCGGCGGAGGACAGAGAGGAUAUCGUAUGAACUGACCAGACAAGGCGUGAUGCAAAGGAGAUAUGGACCGUUCCAACAUUGACAGCUUCGCUGGUGGUGUUGGUGGCGCUCCAGGGGCUCGGCCCGCAUCCGGACGACGAUACUAAAACCCGUGCGCUCCACUACAAUUCAUUUGCGGUGCGGUGUGCUAGUUCAUCGAAACCAAAAUUAUUCACACAUUAGUUUCAUACAUUACUGUAUUUAGGGAUCUGAAACUACAGUUCGGAUAUAUAACAUUCAACGUCACGUCAACACGUUUUAUAAAUAUAAUUAUAUGUUUUUAUUUAGGUUAGAUAUAAUGUGUAAUUUGUUUCAUGAAGUAACGUAUUGUGUAUUAGUUUACGUGUAAUAGUAUGAAAUGUGAGGAGUAUAAUUAUUUGUUUUCGAAUGUUUAAGGUGGAAAUAAGGACACUAAUAUAGUUUGCUUUUAUAUGAAAUGAACUUCUGAAUACAAAGAGAAAAAUAUCGAUUGUUUUUUGCUUUGCCUUAUCCCAAAAAUAAAUGAUGUCUGCCCAGAGUAGUAAUUUAACUAUGGUAACAAGCAAUUUGUAGUUUUUUUGUAUA